AUGACGGCCUUUGUCAUACAAGGGGGACCGUUGCUGAGAGAGUUGCCUGAAACACAAGUCGGCAAGUUAGGCAGUCUCGUGACCAGCCGGAGCAUUGCAAAGUUCCCUGUCCAGGAAAAUUCCUUUGACUCUUCCAGCACGUGCGUGUGCUUGGUGGCCGCAUUUGUCGGAGCUGCUCUGCUGGCGAGGCGUUUCUCGCUGUCGCGACCACGUGGUGUCAGAGCGUUCUGGAGUGGAAGCCAGCAUCUCUCCAGGUCGGCUACAUGUCUUCAUGCCCGCAAGAGAAAGAGGCAUGCGUUUUGGUAUAAUGAAGAUCUUUCGAAGGCCCCUCGCUGGCUCCCCGGCUGGAAAGAAGAGAAGCUGAAACAGACGGAUGAUGAUGAUGAUGAGGAGGAACAGAAAGAAGACGCCUUCCCAGAGGGUAGGACGCCAACCGAGUCCCUGCCAAAAUUCAUGACGUACGAGUUUUGGAAGAAGAUGCCCGGAGGCUUGCGGUGUCGCAGUCCGCGAUAUUGGAAGAUGUACUUCAACGAAGAUGGCACUGCUCCGAAGUACGAUAGAUUCAGGUACUAUUCCCUGGCAGAGGCCAUUGACAUCAUUUUCAGCUUCUACGAAUCGGCACCCAACGAUGCCCACGAUUCAUCUCUGGAGAUUGCCAUGUUUAUGGCGUUAGAUGCCAAGUACCCGGACCAGCAGAUCCGGAUGAAAGUGAAGCUCCCCAAUGGGGCUGGCAAGGAAAAGCGAGUUGCCGUCUUCUGCCCCCCCGCUGAAGAGGAAGAGGCUUUGGAGUCGGGGGCCACCAUUGCGGGCAAGACCCUCCAAGACGAGCUUGUCGCUGAAGAGUUCAAUUUCGACGUACUGAUCGCAAAACCAGCUAUGAUGCCGGCGCUGGCAAAGCUGGGAAAAAUCCUGGGACCCAGGAAGCUGAUGCCUUCGCCGAAGUCUGGAACCCUCGUCACAGAUAUCAAAGCAGGUAUUGAAGCCUGGGCUUCCGGAGGUACGGUGGAGUUGAGAAACAAUGACAACAUGUUCAUCGGCUGCCCCUUCGCGAAGAUUUCACAGGGGAAGGAAAAGUGCUUGGAGAAUUUGCGGGGCCUCCUUCAGCAGCUUGCUGACAACGCCCCACCAGGUGCCAAAAAACGAGAGGAGUACUUCGCAAGGAUGUUCGUGAAAGGCGACGACUCGCCUUCGGUCAGGAUCGAUCCCAAAGAGUUCCCAGACCAUGGUUACGAGAAGCCCGUGACCGGAACAACGUACUUCGCACAACAGGUUCUCGCAGGCUGA